CGGCCCCGCGGGAAGCGGCAGCGGGGACAGCCUCCGGCCGCGGGCUGGGGAGGAAACCGGGCUCGACCCCUUUCCCACUCGGAACCAGUCGGACCUCAGCCCCGCGGGCGGGGUGCGUGGCCGGGCCCGCCCCGCCAUGGCGCGGCGGCCGAUGGCGGUGCUGGCGCUGCUGCUGUGCCUGCUGCGGCCGGGCAGCGCCGCCCUCACGGGCACCCGGCUUCGGGAUGGCGGAGGCCGGGAGCGAGGGGGAGCAGCGGCGGCUGCUCUGCGGGAAAGUGCCAAAAGAAUUAGAUUAUUGAAUUCAUUAUCAAAAGAUAAUACAACUGCUGUCUAUGGAAUAAAUCAGUUUUCUCAUCUGUUUCCUGAAGAGUUCAAAGCUAUUUACUUGAGAAGCAUGCCUCACAAACUUCCCAGAUACAUAAAAGUGCCAAAGGGGAAGGAAAAGCCUCUGCCAAAGAAGUUUGACUGGAGGGACAAGAAAGUCAUUGCAGAAGUGAGAAAUCAGCAGACAUGUGGAGGCUGCUGGGCUUUCAGCGUGGUGGGUGGCAUAGAGUCUGCCUAUGCAAUUAAAAGAAACACCCUGGAAGAGCUCAGUGUGCAGCAAGUUAUUGACUGCUCAUACAAUAACUACGGCUGCGGCGGGGGAUCCACCGUUAGUGCUUUGAGCUGGCUGAACCAGACCAAAGUAAAACUCGUGAGAGAUUCAGAGUACACUUUCAAAGCUCAGACAGGACUGUGCCAUUAUUUUGAGCGCUCAGAUUUUGGAGUUUCAAUAACAGGAUUUGCUGCAUAUGACUUCAGUGGUCAAGAGGAGGAGAUGAUGAGGGUGCUUGUCAGCUGGGGCCCUUUGGCAGUGACAGUCGAUGCCAUUAGCUGGCAGGAUUAUCUCGGUGGAAUCAUACAAUAUCACUGCUCCAGUGGAAGAGCAAACCAUGCUGUUCUUAUCACUGGUUUUGACAGAACAGGUAGCAUUCCUUACUGGAUUGUACAGAACUCUUGGGGGCCGACGUGGGGAAUAGAUGGCUACGUUCGUGUUAAGAUGGGCGGCAAUGUCUGUGGUAUAGCAGAUACAGUCUCAGCAGUAUUUGUUUGACAUUCCUGUGAGCCUCUACAACUGGUCAAAGACCACAAGUAUCAUGAGGACAGACACUGUAUAUGAAGGUGGAAUUCAAAAAACCAUUUUCAAAUAUAAGAAAUGGCUGUAAGGGCAAUUCCUGCAAUUCCUAGCUGAAGUUUUUAAAAAUGUUUUUAUUUUGAAUUUGUGUUGAAUGCCAAAUUUCUCAUGGAUUAAGAAGACUGAUUUGCAGAGUGCACAAAGAGAAGCUACAAAGAUGGACUGAAGCCUCAAAUGGAAGCUUUAUCCAGGUGUUGAAUACUACUCCAUAGAAAAAUCUUAAAAGGAAAGAAAUUAUGACAAAUAAGAAGGAAUUUGAAUCAAAAAAUCAAUACUAUAAGAGUAUAUUUGAAAUCAUUUGAGUAUAAGAAGAAUCAUGAGUAACAGUUUAGAAAGUCAGCAAUUACAGAAUAUAUCCAAUAGAGUGAGUGUUAAAUUUCCCUUAUUACUUGAAUUCAGACCUGCAACUUGCUGGUAAUAAAAACGUGUUCCAGCUUUGCUGAGCUGUGAAACUGCAGCUGUGGGCAAAUGUAACUAGAACUCACAAUGAAACAUGUAAUUCUAAAAUGCUCUGAAUUUUUGACUUCAAAUGCUUUACCUGUAUCUUUUAAGAAGGCCUACCAUGAAAAGUAUUAAAGAAAUUCUGUAAUUUUUUGCACUCAAUUAUUGUACCAUGUUUUUAGAUUACUUUUUUAUAACUUUUAUGACAAGUGCAACAAAUGUUUAUAAUUGUAUAUUGUUAAGUGAUGCUGGUUUAUUCCUUCUAAUUGUUAAUAUUUUAAAUGAAAGAAGACCAAGUGUGAUGUUUCUUUACUUCAGGUUUUGCUACUUACUGAAUUUACUUGGCUGAAAACUUCAGUUUUAAAAAAUGUGAAGUCUUCUAUACUCUUGAGUGUUGUGUAGUCUGGCCUUCCCUGAGUGGCUUACAAACAAAGAUAGCACUCUUUCAUAACUGGAAAACAAAGUCUCUAAUGGGCACAGAUAGCAGUAAUGUAGUCACAGCGAUAUGAAACACAGAUGUGCCUCCAGUGUUUUUGAGGUGCUACUGACAGUACUGAAGUACUGUGGUAGAGAGAACUUAGCAGAAAUUCCAGCCUACAGUGUUUGUGUCUUUCCAAAGGGAGCACUUAAAAAACCAAAAGUCCAUUUUAUAAGAUGGCAGUGCUUUAUCAGUAUUCUAUAGCCAAAGUUGCCUUUUAUUGUAUACCACUUUGAAUAAAAAUCACUUUAAAUGCC